AUGGUAACACCUCCAUUCAUGGCCAAUAUUGAUUGGAAUCAAUGUGAUAAUAAAUCAAUAAAUACAUCACAAUCUUUAAAGGAUCCUUAUUUACAUUCGCAUUCAUAUCCACAACCUCAUACACAUUCUCAUCCACAUGAUACAUCACAUAGUCAUUCUCAUGCUUUCUUAGAAUAUAAUUAUAAUAUAUUAACAACAAAUAAUAAUAAUAAUAAUGAAAAUAAUACAAUGAUUCAAGGUCAUGCUAUUAGUAUCGAAGGAACUUUAGGUACUGUAACAAAUCCAGAAAAUAUUCAUUUAGCUUUGUUAAAUAAUAAAAAUGAAGAUAAUAAAUUAAUUCAUUUAGAUCCUGUACCGAAUUUUAUUGAUAAAUCAGAUAUUAAACCUUGGUUACAAAAAAUUUUUUACCCACAAGGUAUUGAGUUAGUUAUUGAAAGAUCAGAUAAUACAAAAGUUGUCUUUAAAUGUAAAGCUUCAAAGAGAGGUAAAAAUGCAAAGGAACCAAUGAUUUCAAAAGAUCAUCAAGAAAAAUUAAGUAAUAGAAAUGAUACUUCUGAUGAUGAUUCACCAGAUGAUUUAAUAAAUAAUGAUUCAACGAAUAAGAAAAAAAAUAUUAAGAAAAAAAAGAAAAGGUCUGUCUCAAGAUUUAAUGUUUGUCCAUUUAGAAUAAGAGCAACAUAUUCAUUAAAAAGGAAAAAAUGGGGGAUUGUUGUAUUAAAUAAUUCACAUUCUCAUGAUUUAGAAUUUAAUCCAAAUUCGGAAGAAUAUAAAAAAUUUAAAGAUAAAUUAAAAUCUGAUAAUGAUAUUGAAGCAAUUAAAAAAUUUGAUGAAUUAGAAUAUAGAAUUAGAGUUCAUUUACCUAUUCAAAAUACAAUGAUUCCUUGUGAUUGUGGUAUGACAAGUGAAAUUCAAAGUUUCAAUAUUGUUUUACCAAAUACAACAUCUUCAACAACAACUUCAAAAAAUAAUUUAAUUCAUAAACCACAAUUAAAGAAAAAAAAUACUGAUACUUUAUUACAACAAACCGCUAAGAAAAAAUUUAUUGCAGUUCAGUAUAAUAAUGAAAAUAAAUCAAAUUCAUCACAAAAUGAACUUAAUAAAUUUUCAAAUCCAAAUUCUGAUAUAAAACAAACAAAUCAAUUACCAAUGAUACCAAAUAUUCCAGAUUUUAUUGAUGACCAAUUCGAUCAAAUUAAAAAUUAUGAACCAACAGAUAAUAUCCUAUAUACAAAUAAUGCAAGUCUUCUCCCAAUGACAUUAACAGAAUCUCAAGAUAUAAUGGAUUUGAAUGAGAUAGAUUUUACAAAUAUUUUUACAAAAUCGUUUAAUGGUUCUAUGAAUGUUCAAUCAACGGCAACACCAACCACACUGGAAAACGAUACAUCUAACGGAAUGGUAACAAAUGACACAAAUCAUAAUGGAUUAACUAGAGGCGAGUUAGAAUUAAUCGAUCAUUUAACACCAGAUUCUUCAUUAUCUAUGUUCCACAACGAUUUCACGAAUCAUACUGAAUCAUUAUUACAGGAACCACGAAGUAGAUUAGGUUCUAGUCAUACUCCAACAAUGAAUUAUUCAAGUCCACAUAAUAUUACAAGAAACAUUGGAAUACAUAGUAUGAACGACUCACAAAUGCAACCUACAACAAUAACAACCCCACAAAAUCAUGCUACUGUCCUCCAUAAAGACAGUCCCUUAUAUUUAAAUAAAGAACUAGAUAUGUUACGUCCAACGAAUCCACACUCACCAAGUACCAUAUCGAGAGAUGUGUUUGAUAUGGAAAAAUAUCAAAUCAAGAAUGAACCACAACAACACACACUUUCUGACACAAAUAUCCAAAGUCAUAUCAACAGCAAUAAUGAUUCAUUAAUCAAGAUUCAUGAAUCUGACGAUCAGAUAAACACAUGGUUAUCAUCAUUGACCCAAUCCCAUUCACAAAAUUAA